AGACCUUUUCCUCUCCACACUCCCGUAGCUUUCUUUCCUCUUCCUCCCUCCCCGAUCCCGUUCUCUCCCACGCUGCUGCUCUCACUCACGCGCUGCACUACCCAACUACGCAAGCUCCAAUCAAGCCCGAUGUGGCGCUAAAAUCUCCCCUACAGCCCACCGCCGCGGUGCCCGUAGCUCAGCUGCACCGCCGGCGCCGCCUCAAUCCCCCAACAGCUCCGCCUCUCACGCGCAUCGCCGCCAUCGCCGACCCCGUUCUACCCAGUCGCGUAAAACCCCCUGCGUUUUCCACCCCGUCCGCAAUCGUUGACAUUGAAUUUCUGAGGGGGGAUUGGCGGGCGAGAUGAGCCGUGGGCGGUCUCCGGAGCCGCUGGAUUUCUUCAUCUGGACUGUCGAGGAUGUUGGAUUGUGGCUAGAAGACAUAAAUCUUGGUAGCUAUAGGCAUGUGUUUGAAGCAAAUGGUGUCAAUGGAGAGUAUCUAGAGAGCUUGUCGAUGUUUACUACCGAGCAAAUUCUGCGGUUUAUCAGGCGGUGCCAUAUGAAAUGGGGAGACUUCAUCACAUUAUGCAAAGAGUUGAGGCGCAUUAAAGUGGCCUGCCUGAAAGGGGAGCAAGAAGUACGGAGGCCAUGGUGGGCACCAUCAUGUUUAUCGGUGGUGUUUGUGAGAGCCGCCAAGCGGAACCGGCAGUCCCGAGUUGUUUCCCUGAAGCUGGAACCUUAAUGCUCGCCACCUGCUUCAGAAGUUUGGAUCGCCGCGCCGCGCUGCAGGCACUCCCCAGUUGUGCUGUACGGCGCUGCAACCACGCACCAUUAUCAAUGAUCCGAAUGCUGUAGGAGCAGUAUGCUCCAUGUUCAACUCGUCCCUACCCUUGUUUUGUAUUUGUUUUUCUCAUCACAUAAUAUAGGUUUGGAAUAGUAAGUAACCUGAUGUUAGCCAAAAUGGAUAAAUAUAUUGUGCAGAUUGUCCUCUAUAAGGUCUGCUUCUUGCAAACCAGCCUGAGUUCUUAGCUCAAGAAUGGCCUAUUUGUGCUUCCCUACCCUAAGGAUCACUGUUGUUUCUUACACUGGCAAGAAAUGAUAUAUAACUGCGGCAUAGAAACAUUUUAUUGUA